AUGGAUAAUCGUGCUGAAAUUAUCUCAGAGCGUAUCAAUAACACAAUGCACUGGAAGUUAGUGAUCAUUGAUCCAGAUGACCAUACAUGUUACUAUCUUGAUCCACUUAGAAAAUCUCCUCCAUAUGAUUUGAAGAACCUUAUGAACAAUGUCUCUUCACACAUUAAGCGAAAGACAGGAAGGAAUGAACAAAAUUACAAGUGGAAAAUAGUCAAUUGCCCUCGUCAAACAUCGUCAGUAGAAUGUGGCUUUUAUAUCAUAAGGAUGAUGAAGGACUAUUGCUUGAAUGAGACACCAAUGCAAUGGCUAACUAGUAAUUGUGGUGGAAAGAAUACAUAUACACUUGGCGAAAUUAAUGAAACUCGAAAUGAAUGGGCAGCCAAGCUUCUUGAGCAGAUGAGUCAUAGCUAGAGUAACUUUUGAAAUCAGAAUUAAAAAAUAUACUAAUUGUAGUAUUUAGUUAGUACUUACAUAGUUAUUCCAAGUGUAUAUUUUGAUAUUGUAAUUUUUAGAUUUGGAACAUACUGAGUUUUAUUGAUUUUGUCUGCCUAUUGAUUAUGUCUGAACUAUGUUGUAAUUACACAGGAAAUUAUGAAUGAAUAUAGUGGUUGAAAAUAGAGAAAUGAAAAAAUUCUCAUA